AUGAGAAAUCUCUCUGUGGUGACUCAGUUUGUCCUGCUCGGCAUCCCACAUACAGAGGGUCUGGAGACCGCACUCUUUGUUCUGUUUUUGUGUUUCUACAUUUUCACCCUGGUGGGGAAUCUGCUCAUACUCCUCGCAAUUGUCUCCUCCACUCGGCUUCACACACCCAUGUACUUCUUCCUCUGCCAGCUGUCUGUGUGUGAUGUAUUUUUUCCUUCAGUGAGCUCUCCCAAGAUGCUGUUCUACCUCUCAGGAAAUAGCCGAGUCAUCUCCUAUGCAGGCUGUGUGAGCCAGCUCUUCUUUUACCAUUUCCUGGGUUGUACAGAAUGUUUCCUGUACACAGUAAUGGCCUAUGACCGUUUUGUGGCCAUAUGCCACCCUCUAAGGUACUCAACAAUCAUGAACUACAAGGUAUGUGCCGUCCUGGCAAUAGGGACAUCAUUUUUUGGCAGUAUUCAGGCUACGUUUCUGACCACUCUCACUUUCCAGUUGCUCUACUGUGGUCCCAAUGUGGUGGACUACUACUUCUGUGAUAUCCCUGCUAUGUUAAAGCUUGCUUGUGCAGACACAUCAGCCCUGGAGAUGGUGGGGCUCAUCAGUGUGGGCCUGAUGCCCCUCAGCUGCUUCCUUCUCAUCCUCACCUCCUACAGCUGCAUCCUCUGCUCCAUUCUGAAAAUCCGAUCUGCUGAGGGCCGGCAUAGAGCCUUCUCCACCUGCAGUGCCCACCUCACUGCCAUCCUCCUCGCCUUUAUGCCAGUGGUCCUCAUAUACCUCCAGCCUACUCCCAAUCCCUGGCUUAAUGCAGCUGUUCAGGUCUUGAAUAACCUGGUCACACCUAUGCUUAAUCCUUUGAUCUAUAGCCUGAGAAAUAAGGAAGUAAAAUCUUCUCUGAAGAAAGUGGUACAGCAAGUGUCAGUUCUGUCUAAGAAGAGAUAG